AUCGAUUCAAACGGUCACGAGCCUCAAAGAAACUCAACCUGUGUCUGAGGAGAGUUAGUUCAUCUGUCUGUUGAAGGAACACCCUGCUCCAGCUGGACCUACAGUAACAGACACACUGGACAAGCUUAAUCUCUUGGAGUUGAAUGGACACGGCAGCCAGAAAUACACGGCCCAGCUAGUGAAGCCAGUCAAAGGUUCAGUGAUGCCUGUGAAGAAGAAGAGAAAACUCCCCGACGCAGAUGAUCAUGAGCACAAGUGUAAAAUCACAAGUUUCACUCGACCUCAGAUCCGCGGAGCGAGGCCGAUCACCGGCGACAAACUGUUCUCCAGCAGGAAGUGCUUGGCCUGGUUCCACAAGUACGCUGGCGCCGACAAGGUGGUGGAUCCAGAGGCCAUGGAGAAGUUCUGUGAGGAUAUCGGUGUAGAACCAGAGAAUAUUGUCAUGUUAGUUUUAGCGUGGCAUCUAGAAGCAGCAAAUAUGGGAUUCUUCACAAAAGAGGAGUGGCUCAGGGGAAUGACAGUAUUACAGUGUGACUGCACGGAGAGGUUACAGAGUAAACUGGAUUACCUGCGCAGUGAGCUCAACGAUUCUGUCGUCUUCAAAAACAUCUACAGAUACGCCUUCGACUUCUCCAGAGACAGAGACCAGAGGAGUCUGGACAUGGACACAGCAAAGACUAUGCUGGCUUUACUGCUGGGGAGAACGUGGCCUCUGUUCCCCAUCUUCCACCAGUUCCUGGAGCAGUCCAAGUACAAGGGGAUGAAUAAGGACCAGUGGUACAACGUCCUGGAGUUCAGCAGAACCAUCAACACAGACCUCAGUAACUACGAUGAAGACGGAGCUUGGCCAGUGCUGCUAGAUGAGUUUGUGGAAUGGCAGAAAACUUGGUCAGCAUCGUAGCAACCACAAAAACACCAAAAAGGAGGAAGAGGGAGAAAAAACAGAAACCACAAACGCAAGAGGAAAAACAGCUGAACACACACACACACACACACACACACACACACACACACACACACACACGGACUGGAGAAUCAACGCUGUGGACUCUGGGUACAGUCACGUCCCAUCAGAGAUCGUCUCUGUUCAUCGUCAGCCAACUGUUGUCAAGAGGCCUUUCUCUCACAGAGUAGACUUUUUAAAUACGGUUAAUUUGGAAACGAGAAACUGAACGAAGAAAACACAGAACCAAAAAAAAGAACUGAGAGAAGAGAUGUGGAAUUUGUUUUCUUGAUAAUUAUUUUUUCCCCAUUUUGUGUAUUGUUUAUAGAUGUUUUCACAGUAAUAAAAGAGGAAAUUGA